AUGAUGUUGUUGUUUUCUCUGGCGCUCGAUGUAGGCGUCCUCUCGAGCGGCGGUGCGGUUAUCCGCGGCGCGAAAAACAGGCUCCUGCUCGGGUUGCGGCCGCGGACCGUCGCUUCCGGCUCCUUUCGAGGGUUAGAGUCCCGCUUCACGGACGUUACACGAGCAGGGUUAGGGUUAGGGUUAGGGUUAGGGUUAGGGUUAGGGUUAGGGUUAGGGUUAGGGUUAGGGUUAGGGUUAGGGUUAGGGUUAGGGUUAGGGUUAGGGUUAGGGUUAGGGUUAGGGUUAGGGUUAGGGUUAGGGUUAGGGUUAGGGUUAGGGUUAGGGUUAGGGUUAGGGUUAGGGUUAGGGUUAGGGUUAGGGUUAGGGUUAGGGUUAGGGUUAGGGUUAGGGUUAGGGUUAGGGUUAGGGUUAGGGUUAGGGUUAGGGUUAGGGUUAGGGUUAGGGUUAGGGUUAGGGUUAGGGUUAGGGUUAGGGUUAGGGUUAGGGUUAGGGUUAGGGUUAGGGUUAGGGUUAGGGUUAGGGUUAGGGUGCGACAAUACCACUUGGCGCCAUGUGGACGAGCCAAGCUCCAAUAGACAAACAGGGUCGACUUUCUGCCAUUUCUGUGAUACUCUAUGUUACUUUAGUUGGCAUACCCUGUGUGUCGUUGGCCGCUUUUACCUCCUUCUGAUGAUCCUCGUCAUGCUCACCGGAGGAGGACGACGAGGAGGAGGACGGCGCCGCGCCGUUGGCCGCGUCGCCGGCCGCGGGAACGAAGAACUCGUCGUCGUCGUCGCUGUCGCUGCUCUGGUCGUCGAGGGCGUCCUGGUGGCGGCGCCAGCGCUCCCACCCCUCGAACGCCCAGCGCACGUAGUGGUAGUGGUAGUGGGGGUAGUGCCCCUGGAGCCGCGGGAGACCACUCGAUUCCACCGGAAAUGUCGCGACUCAGGGGUAGUUAGUUGGUACUACAUGCUGUCUGAGGGUAGUCUACCGCCUACCUCUUGGUCCGGUUGUUGA